GUGUGUGUGUGUGUGUGUGUGUGUGUGUGUGUGUGUUUCAUCUUCAGCUUCUCUCCGUUAGCGCACAGACGAGCCGAAACGGGUGCGAGCUGCUGGAUCGUUCUGAAUCUCUGCGCGCGCGCGCGUGUGUGUGUGUGGAUGUUAUCUUACAUGCAAGCUCCUGGACUUUUGGAUAAAAACAGUUGAUUUCUUGAUGAUGAUGAUGAUGAUGAUGAUGAUGAUGAUGAUGAUGAAGAGGACUGUCUUGAUCGGUGUUGGCGCGCGCAGGUCGUUUCUCGUCCUGGCGGUUUUGUUCACGCUCCAGUCCGUGCGCGCUGCCCAUCAUCACCAUCACUGUAACGCACCGCUGCUCACACUUCUUCCUCCCACAUCGUUCCAGAGCUCCUCUGUCUCCUCACACAGACAUGCUGAGUAUUACGCUAAACUAAACAACAGAGAGGGAGGUGGUGGUUGGAGGCCUGAUCAUACAGACCACCUGCGCUGGUUGCAGGUUGACCUGCAUGAGAGGAUGGAGGUCAUCGCCGUGGCGACGCAGGGUGUGUUUGGCAGCUCUGACUGGGUGACCAGAUACACACUGCUGUACAGCGACACAGGAAGAGACUGGAAACAGUACAGACGUGAGGAUUACACUGGAGUUUUCCCAGGAAACUCAGAUGCUGAUGCUGUGGUCCAUCACAAACUUCCACACUCCAUACGGACACGUUACCUGCGAUUCCUGCCACAGGACUGGAGCUCAGAGGGAUGGAUUGGCCUGAGGGUGGAAGCGUACGGCUGCUCCUACAAGUCGGACGUGGCAGAUUUCGAUGGCAGGAGCGCUCUGAUGUACCGCUUCAAUCAGAAGUCCAUGAGCACGGUAAAGGACGUGAUCUCUCUGCAGUUCAAAAGCAUGGGAUCAGACGGCGUCCUGGUCCACGCUGAGGGUCAGAGAGGAGAUUACAUCACGCUGGAGCUGCACCGUGGACAUCUGGCUUUACACAUCAACCUGGACGAUGCUGAGGCCCACCCCCGUAGUGCUCAGGUCUCCAUGUCUCUGGGGAGUCUCCUGGAUGAUCAGCACUGGCACUCGGUCCAGAUCGAACGUUUCAACAAACAGAUCAACUUCACCGUGGACCGAAUAACACGGCACCUUCGCUCAGGGGGAACAGCGGACUCACUGGAGGUCGACUAUGAACUCAGUAUCGGCGGCGUUCCUCUGCCCGGAAAACCAGGAACGUUCCUGCGCAAGAACUUCCACGGCUGUAUGGAGAACCUCUACUACAACGGCGUGAACAUCAUUGACCUGGCCAAGCGCAAGAAACCACAGAUCUACAGUGUGGGUAAUGUGAGCUUUUCCUGCUCAGAUCCUCCAUCAGUCUCAGCCAUGUUCCUCAGCUCUCGCAGCAGCUUCCUACAGAUUCCGUUGGAUUUAUCGCUGAUGAUGGAGACAGAGAACGUGGAGACUCUCAGGUGGAGCGCCAGGUUCCAGUUCCGUACAUGGAACAGAGAGGCCAUGCUCAUGUGGAUCGGCCUGCAAGGGGCAGAGACGCUUCUGUUGCUGCUAAGCGACACACAGCUGAGGCUCAUACACCAGCGAUCAGCGCUACAGAGCUCCGAGAUCACUGUCGGCCACGGUCUGAGUGAUGGACUCUGGCACUCAGUCUCAGUGAAGCUGAACGGACUUCAGGCUUCUGUCUCUGUGGACAGCGAUUCUCCAUCCAGCAUGAUGCUCGGACAUCUCACACAACCCCAGAACACUGUAGUCAUCGGAGGAUGUCCAACAUCAUCAGCCAAUCAGGGCUGCCGGAACCCCACUCUGGCCUAUCAGGGCUGCAUGCGCUCCAUCGUGCUUAACAACCACCCGCUCGACCUGUACAGUGUGCAGAAAGGCCUUCUGGGUAACUACAGUGAGCUCCAAAUCGACAUCUGUGACAUACGAGACAGGUGUUUGCCCAGUUACUGUGAGCACGGUGGUGAAUGUUCUCAGUCCUGGAGCUCCUUCAGCUGUGACUGCUCUGGUACAGGAUACACUGGAGCAACCUGCCACAACUCCAUCUUUGAAGUGUCUUGUGAAGCACACAGAUUGGCAGGAAGCUCCUCCGGAUUUUUCUCCAUCGACCCGGAUGGCAGUGGGCCACUCGCACACACGGUUGUUUACUGCAACAUGAGUGAGGAGAAGGUGUGGAUGGUAAUUGGUCACAACAACUCCAUGCCGGUGAAUGUUCAGGGUUCGAAUUUUCAGAAGCCCCAUGUCAUGAAGUUGAACUACAGCGCAUCAUUGCAGCAACUUACAACCCUUUUACACAGAGCGCAGCACUGCCAACAGGAAGUGAUGUAUCAAUGCAGAAAGUCCCGCCUUUUCAACACCUGGGAUGGCACUCCAUUAUCGUGGUGGAAGGACAGAGCCGGAGUAAAGCGGACAUACUGGGCUGGGUUACUGCCCGGAGUUCAGCAGUGUUCCUGCAGUUUGGCUGAAAACUGCAUUGAUAUGAACCACUUCUGCAACUGCGACGCAGACCGGAGCUCGUGGGAGAACGAUACGGGUUUGCUGUCCUAUAAGGAGCAUCUUCCCGUCACGGAGAUGGUGGUGGGAGACACGAACCGAAGCGGCUCGGAAGCUGUUUACAGAGUCGGACCUCUGCAGUGCCGUGGAGACAGGUUUCUGUGGAACGCCGUGUCCUUCUAUCAGGAGUCCUCAUCUCUGCACUUCCCCACGCUGCAGGCUGAGCUCAGCCUUGAUAUCUCCUUCUACUUCAAGACCACGUCGCCCUCUGGAGUAUUCCUGGAGAACGUAGGGGUCCGAGACUUUAUCCGUGUGGAGCUGAGCGCGGCAUCUACGGUAACGUUUUCGUUGGAUGUGGGAAACGGUCCCCUGGUCCUGACUGUCAAGUCCCACGUCCCUCUGAACGACAAGCAGUGGCACCACAUACGAGCCGAACGGAACGUAAAGGAGGCAUCGUUGCAGGUGGAUCAGCUUCCUCUGCGCUUCCUGGAAGCUCCGCCAGAUGGCCACGCCCACCUGCAGCUCAACGGACAGCUUUUUAUCGGUGGAACCGCCUCCAGGCAGAAGGGAUUUCUGGGAUGCAUCAGAGCGUUAUCUAUAAACGGGAUGACCCUCGACCUGGAGGAACGUGCCAAAAUGACCCCGGGGGUGAGUGCGGGGUGUCCGGGGUACUGCAGCAGCCAGAAUCGUCUGUGCCACAACCGAGGACGCUGCGUGGAGAGGAACAGUGGCUACGUGUGUGACUGCACACACUCUGCGUAUGGAGGACCGCUGUGUCAGACCGAAGUUUCUGUGUCUUUCGAGAGUGGCACAUCAGUGACCUACACGUUUCAGGAGCCGUUCUCUGUGAUGCGGAACUCCAGCCGUCAGACAUCAUCCAUCUUUGCUCAGAGCAGCAAGUCUCGGGAAAUUGUUUCCUUCCGCUUCCUCACCAGCGAAUCUCCUGCCAUGCUGAUGACUGUCACCACGUACCAGCUGCAGUACCUGGCCAUAAUUCUGGCUCAUAACGGGAGUUUACAGAUUUGGUUUAAACUGAAGCAGGAGAAGGAGCCAGAUGUGUUUACAGCUUCACAUCACAGUCUCGCUAAUGGGCAACUGCACCGUGUUCAGCUGCACCGAGAGGGCAGGGACAUGUACGUCCAGGUGGAUAAGGAUAUGAGUCAGAAGUUCAGCCUCUCCACAGACCGAGAGUUAAACAUGAUUCGCUCUCUGACACUCGGCAGAGUCACCAGGCGUGAGGUGGACCUGGACGAGGAGGUGCUGCAGGCAGGAUCGAGAGGUUUUAUUGGCUGCCUCUCGUCUGUGCAGUUCAAUCACCUUGCUCCUUUAAAAGCAGCCAUUCUGAAUCGAGGAAGCUCAUUGGUCAGCGUGCUCGGGAAUCUGGUGGAGUCCAACUGUGGAGAGCUGGCUGAUAGAUCCCUCUCACGUUCACUGUCAGACCACACAGAUGGAGAGAAGCGAGGGAAAGAGCGUCUCAAAAACUUGGAGACAAGCGACACGGCCGUGAUCGGAGGUUUGAUAGCAGCGCUGCUGCUAGUCGUGCUGUGCGUUGUGGCAGUAAUGAUGCGUUUCCUGUUGCGUUUUCGACGCGAGAGUUCCCGUCAGCCUAAAGAGAAGGACCUGCGGGCUCAGCCGGAGCUCAGGGACAGCAGGAAAGAGUAUUUCAUAUGACCCCUAAACAACCCCUUUGGCCGAGUGACCCUAAAUCACCCACGCCAUUAGGGAGGACAGCAGGAGAGCCUCUAGUGCCCUCGAUCCUCGUUCCCUUCCUCCAUUAGCUCAAGCUUGUUUUGUUCCCUUGAUAAGCUCGACAGUGUGGACUGGAACAGGACUGAGCAGCGGAGAACAAAGCCAGCAUUUCAAGGGAGAAAAUAAUACUUUAUGUAUUAUUAUUAUUUUUAUUAUUAUUUAUGACCUUUGGCCUCAUGAACCCCUUGCUGAGUUUAGAGAGGAGAGUAGGAACUGUCAGGACACAGAUAAUGCUCUCGAUGCUUGUUUCCUUCCUCUCUUCCAUUCCUGCUAGGGCUAAUCGAGUGGAAUGGAACACAGACAAGCCGAUGGAGAACAAAGCUGAUGUAUGAAGGGAAGACAGGAGUGCAUUAUAUGACCUUUGACCUUUAAGCCUAAUACUGGACUCCACAGCAGGGAUUGGGACACAGCCAAGUAGACCACAUAGAGUGAAACAGUACUCCAUGUGACCUCCACACACACACACACACACACACACACACACACACACACACACAGUGUGGGGCUGCAGGGGUAAUGAGUUGACAUCGCAUCCCUUCGCAGGGACAGCACUAAUGGGACUCACACUUCCUGUAUCCACUUGAGCAGGUUUGAUAGAGUGUUAUCCAAUCAACACCCCACCCCACCCCACCUCACCCACCCACACCCACACCCACACACACACACUCACUCAUUCUGAAUGCAGAGUGAACAGCAGAACUGUUCUCAUCCACACAGCUCAGAUUAAUGUUUUGUGUGGAAUCGAGACUGUUAUUAAUAACCUGACUGCUCGAGUUAGUAAGAAAAGUAAUCAGAGUAUUAAUGUAUAUAUUAAUGAGAGGAUUAAUCAGUUUUAUGAGAGUAUUAUAAAAGUAUUUUGAGAGUAUUAAUGAGAGUAUUAAUUAAAGUAUUUAGAGAGUUUUAUUAUAGUAUCAGAGUGAAUCAGUUGAAAGUGGACACGUCUCUUCUUGUAAAAACGUCCAGAAGAGAAGGAAGCUGAUUGGUUGAGACGUCACAUCGCAUUCCCAUCACGUCAUCCAGUCCUCACAAGUCACAUGACCACGUUACCGUCCCUCAGUGGUGCUGUGAGACGUGUAAGAUGGUUUAUAGACUCUUUAUCAUGGUUCUGAUUUCCUACUAAAAUCUCUUAAGGAUUAUUUUUUGUCUCACCGGUUAGUGAUGACUGUUGGAAGUCACACAACAGACACAUGACACAGAACAUCAGCAUCAGCAUGAUGAGAGUCAAGUGGAAGGAAAGUGAAAGCUGUGAGCAGUUGAUCAUCCUGCUGCUUGAUCUGUUUGCUCUGGAGCUCUGCUUCAUUACACCUGAAGUUUCUUCUCCAGUGUGAGAUGAUUCAGCUGGUCUGAGAGCAGAUUUAUCACCUGUGUGACGUCCCACACUGAUGUUUUACUGAACAUCAAUCACAGCUGCAGCUUCAUCACUGACAACCUCCACUGUUCACUGCUGCUGUGACCUUUAACAUGUAGCACUUUGUCACCAAGCAUCAUGUUUAUUUAUUAAAGAAUUUAAUGUCCCGUUUCAGUUGCUGUUCUUACUCCAUAAAGAAGCGUAAACUCUGACCCUGACACUGGAGACUCCUUCACCACAUCAUACACACACAUCAUACACACACUUACUGAAUCAACUGCUGUACAUGUCCGGGUGAAUCAGAACAAGCGCAUUAAUGUAAUCCUGCGCUAAAUUUAGUCAGCAGCUUCUAACCAAUCAGGACCUAGAGCUGAAGAGCUAAAGCUGUAGAUGAAAUUAGAGAAGAGUCUCCUGACGUAGCUGGAUGGACCAGUGUGUCUGAGUGUGGAUCAGAGCAGCAUCUCAUCUCUUCCUCUAUGUUCUCUCACCGUGUCCACACUGAGACCUGUCUCUUCCUCUAUGUUCUCUCACCAUGUCCACACUGAGACCUGUCUCUUCCUCUCUGUUCUCUCACCGUGUCUGUCACAUUGCAGAAAGGCGGUCGUGUCAGAUGUGUAUCCAGAUGUGAUCUAUGCAGAUGUCAGCGUGUGACAGCACGGAAAUGACAAACCUGCUCUCCAAACUCCUGGAGAUCAAAAGCGCUGUCUGAUUGAACGCCACAUCCGUCUCCACAUGGAUAAACAUCAGACAUUUCUGAUUUCAGACCAGCAGCUUUUUUUCCCGUAGCUUCUGGGCUGAAGACGUGCAUCACAUCACGAUGGUUUAUAAAACAGAAACAUGAUAUAAACGUUGUCUGAGUGUGUCGGACAGCAGCGCUGUUAGGAGUUAACACUUCAGAUAUAAAGGAUACAGUCAGAGUUUAUCAGUCUGAGAGAUCUUUGUGUGUCAGGUCUUUUAUCACGAUUUAUCACUUAGUGGAUCAGUGAAAAACAGGAAACGGAUUUUUUUGCAAAACUGCACAACGGAUGAAGCGAAGGUUCGGACUUCACUACGUUAGCGAUGUUUUAUGUGCUUCUGUGGGACGUCUGAUGCUUCACAUAUUUGUGUGCAGCUUAAAAAUCCCAAAUAAUUAUGAUCACCUUUAAAAAAUCAGCGCAGGGGUGCCAAUAAUUUUUCUCUCAUUAUAAAAACCUGGAUUCCAUGAUGACUCAAAGCACACGCCCCCAUUCAUACACACCCCGCCCACUUUCUCCUUGCAGUCUGUUACUGCAUGGCCUCAUUUGCAUCCUGGAACCUGAUUGGUUCUUUCAAUUGAUGAUGUAAUAAGACUCUUCUGUGUUCGGCGCAGUGACGGUUAGUCAAACUGUUGUUGUAUGGCCUCAUUUACAUACCGGAACUGUCAUCAUGACAGAUGAUGUAAUAUACUGCUUCUGGGACAUGAUUGGCUGCAACCAUGUUUGUGCGAAUGAAAUAACAUGGAGACAAGGUUUUAAUCAGAUUUUUAAAUAAAUUAUAUGUAAAUUAGGCCCUGCGAUGGGUUGGCACUCCGUCCAGGGUGUAUCCUGCCUUGAUGCCCGAUGAUGCCUGAGAUAGGCACAGGCUCCCCGUGACCCGAGGUAGUUCGGAUAAGCGGUAGAAAAUGAAUGAAUGAAUAUGUAAAUUAGUUUUGACGCGGUAAAUUGAUUGGUGCUAGUGAAUUUCUCAGACCAGUGGAGAUUUUAAAACCAGAACGUAUACUCCAUUUAUUUCUGUCUGUGAUUAGUUUCCCUUUUAUUUAUCAAUUUGAAAUUUGAAAAAAAGCCAAACAGGCCACACCCACUAGCUAGCAGCAUUAGCAGUUUGACGCUGUGAAAUGAAGACAGGUGGCAACAAAGACAAAAUUGUUCAUGACUAAUAAUGGUGAAGUGUUAACCACACCCCCAACUGCAGGAAUCAGGAAUGAGUUUCUCAAACAUCAGAGACCACAGAUUGCCUUUAUGGCCUUUUUACCCCUGGUCACUUCAUGUGUUUUCUCUGAUCCGAUAGCUGUCUGAUUUGUUAAAACUGAUCCAUUUACAUUAGACCACAUAAAUGCGUCUCGGCGAAUCGGAUAUUGAUCCGAUCUUUCUAGUCCCGCCCAAAAUGCAAAUAUAUUUUACCUCAUUUCCGGGGUAAUUGAAACGGAUCACACUUUGGUGUGUGCGGUUUUCAGAACGCGAUCGAAAAGAAGACAUAAAAAACUGGUUACGACGGUUAUGUUACAAAAAACAGCGUUUACUGUUUGCUGCGUUUUCGCUGGCGGCAGCAGCGCAUUUUAAGACCCGACCAGACUAAAGUGACGUACUUCCGUUUGGGAGGAGUAUAGCGCUGACGUAUGUGGCUUGAACAAGCACAUUCAUUUACACCUGUCCAGUUUCAUCUGAAACGCGUCCCAGACCACCUCCUGAAGUGGUUUGUACCGUCGGAUUUAUAUCCGUCUCCAAAACUUUCAGAGGGCAUUUAGACCUGGUCUUUUUACCAUCGGAUAGCUAUCGGAUCACAGAAAACACAUGAAGUGACCAGGUGUAAAAAGCCCCUUAGAUGUUAGUGUGAGCUUCAUGUCAGACAUUUUUCCUACAUUCCUAGAAAAUAAGAGUGUGUUGUGUUUUUUGGAUAUUUAAGCACUCUAAGAAGGGUUCUCUAUGGGUUCUGCAUUACCCAGUGCUACUGCAGCGUAAACUGAGCGGCUAGCUAAAUAUCUCACACCCAGACACUCAAGUCCUGACUGCUGAGACAAACAGCUACACCAUGCUGCUGCUCUAAACAUUGCAAGUUGCUAAUCCUCUCACUCGGUUACGUUUAACCUUGUGAUCGCGGCUCCAUACGUGCUCUGUAUGGCGCGUUUAUAAUUCGAUAUGGUGUUUAUUUUCAGCCUGUUUUCUACGGCUAGAGCUGUAUUGUACAUACAUGUAAAUUUAUUACCAAUAAAAUGAAACAUUUUUACAAAGUCA